UUGCGGUUUGCAGAUGUCACUCUCGAAUUCCUUCAUUUAAAUGAAGGAAGUAGGUUGAAAACCUCUUGGAAAGCUGUGUAUUCAUGUGUUAAUUAGUUUUAGGCGUCUCAAAAAGAAGCUGAGACAAGGUUCUAACCAACAAUGCAGGCGCCAUACCCUCCUCCUCCUGCACCUCCAAGCGCACCUUCAACUUCACAGUUUGUUACUCGUGUUCAGCUAAAUAUUUCUUGCAGAAAUCUGCGAGACAAAGAUGUCAUGUCUAAGUCUGACCCAAUGGCCGUGGUGAUGUCAUUUAAAGAUGGUGGCUGGUUUGAGGUUGGAAGAACAGAAAGGUUGGAUAACACAUUGAACCCUCAAUUUUCAACAGCCAUUAUUAUAGACUACUUUUUUGAGGAGCUGCAGAAGUUGAAGUUUUUCAUUUAUGACAUUGACAGUUCAUCCAUGAGUCUAAAGUCUGCUGAUUUCUUAGGGGAAAUGGAGUGCACUUUGGGUCAGCUUGUGUCAUCUGGAACUUAUACAAAACCACUAGUUCUUAAAGGUACUGCUGAGAAUCGAGCUGGGAUGAUAACGGUGGUAGCAGAAGAAGUUUCUGGUGGAAAUGAUGAGGUGCAUUUCCAGUUUAGAGCUGAAAAGUUAGACAAAAAGGAUUUUCUUGGAAAGAGUGAUCCCUAUUUGGAAUUUGCAAGAUCAAAGGAAGAUGGAAGUUUUGUUGUUGUACAUAGGACAGAGGUUAUUCAGAACAACCUAAAUCCCAAAUGGAAACCAUUUCAGAUUCCAGUGCAGCAGCUGUGCAAUGGAGAUUAUGACAGGACCAUUCGAAUUUUGUGUUAUGAUUGGGAUUCUGAUGGAUCACACGACUUUAUUGGUGGAUUUACAACAAAUCUUCGUGAGAUGUGCUCUGCUCAACCAUCAAGGGAGUGGCCAUGUAUUAAUGAAAAGAAACAGAAGAAAAAGCGUGGUUACAAAAAUUCUGGAGUAGUUUUUGUCAUGAAAUGUGAGGUUGUGAAAGUAUCUUCAUUCUUAGACUUCAUUCAAGGUGGCUGCCAGCUAAACUUCACAGUUGGCAUAGAUUUUACGGCUUCCAAUGGUGAACCAAACCAGUCAACAUCUCUUCACUAUAUCAACCCUUAUGCACCAAAUGAGUAUCAGCAGGCUCUGACAGCUGUAGGAGAAAUCAUCCAGGACUAUGAUAGUGAUAAACUCUUUCCAUCCUUUGGAUUUGGAGCAAGAAUUCCACCGACAUAUCAGGUUUCUCACCAGUUUCCAUUGAAUUUUAAUCCCAAUAACCCAUAUUGUGCAGGUCUUGCUGGUUUGGUACAAGCUUAUCAAGCCUGUAUACAGAGUGUACAACUUUAUGGUCCAACAAACAUCUCACCUAUCAUCAACCAUGUGGCUCACUUUGCACAUGAAGCAGCCCACUCCCAAACUGCCACUAACUACUUCAUACUACUGUUAUUGACUGAUGGUGUAAUCACAGACAUGGAUCAGACCAAGGAGGCUGUAGUGGCGGCAUCAGCACUUCCCAUGUCAAUCAUUAUUGUGGGUGUUGGAAGUGCUGACUUUGCAAUGAUGGAGGAACUAGAUAGUGAUGACCAAGUCAGGUUGAUGGCUCAUGGAAAAGCUGCUCAAAGGGAUAUUGUUCAGUUUGUCCCCUAUAGGAAAUUUAAAAAUGUUUCUCCUGCUGCCUUAGCAAAAGAAGUCUUGGCUGAGGUUCCCAAGCAACUGACAGACUACUUCAGGGCAAGAAACAUUUUACCACAACAGAGACCAAAUGUGAAUAUUCCAUAAAAGAGGAUACACAAGACAAGUUACAGCUUACAGUCGGCUUUUAAUUAUGGAAAAGUUGUGUAAAAAGACCAGAAAUAUAAAGUCCAACUAGUUAAAACUAUACUUAUUUAUAUAAGUGGUAAGUCUUGGUUUUCUAAAGAUGGAUAAAUCCCUAAUAUGUCAUAGUUUUCCCCACGUGAGUUGUAGAAAGGUUAAUAUGGAAUUGAAAUUUAUUUCAGAAA